UGGAGCUGGUUUACAUUUGGAAAAAACAACCAUGUAGAAACACCGCCCACCCACUUCCCAAAGUUGAGCAGAAUGAAGUUAGUGGGAGGCUGGGCCUCUUCCGUCCUCCUCCCCCACCCACCCAGGGCUCUCCACUCUGCCUAAAACCACGGUGGUGGUCCUCCCUCUGAUUGUAACAGCAAUUUCGGAAGCUCAAAAAAAUUGUUUAAAUUACAUUCCACCCAGAACAGCCCCUGCUAACAUUUGGUGAACAACUUGUUCACCAGUUGGUAGGCACUCAGUUCCAGGCCCGGUGCCAAGCUCUUUAUCAGUCGCGAAGCAUUCAUCUUAUUUACUGCUCACGGGAUCCUUCUGCUAGCCCCAAAUUACAGACUGGGAAAGUAAGGCCUGAACAUCUGGAACGCAAACACAGUCUGCUUCACUGAGCCUCUACUACAAGCCUUCUGUGGGGGCUCCCAGGGGAAUGGCUGGCCCAGCCCGAGGGGACCUCAGUGUUCUUGGCACAUGGUAGGCAUCUGUCUUUGUUGGGCAGUUGCAUCAGAAGGAUUGAGGACAGCUGGGAACACAUCCUGUCUCUAGUGAACCUCGUGAUUCUGUCGUCUGCCUGCCCCUCACCCAGCCUAACCCCUCUGAACCGGGAGCCCGAGCUGCACUUACUGCUCCCCGCUGCCCCCUGGAUGGCCUGGACCAAGCAGCAGCUCCCGGAGCGGUGGCUCAGCAAACACGACUUGACUUGAGGCCAAGGCUCUUGAGGGCUGAGCAGUGUCCCCAUGCACACUCCUGAAACACUUUGUCCCUUCGCUGUUCAGAAGGCAUCAUUUUGAGGAAGGCAGUGGCCGGUUUUUCAGAGUCAGCGAGUGGCCCUGCCAGCUGCUGAGCAGGGCAAGCUGAGAAGGGUGGCGUGCAGGUGGUGUUCUCUCUUUUUGUUUUUUUUUUUGUUUUUUUUUUUUUCUUUUGAGACAGAGUCUCACUCUGUCACCCAGGCUGGAGUGAGUGCAGUGGCAUGAUCUCGGCUCACUGCAACCUCCACCUCCCGGGUUCAAGCAAUUCUCCUGCCUCAGCCUCCCAAGUAGCUGGGACUACAGGCACGUGCUACCAUGCCCGGCUAGUUUUUUGUAUUUUUAGUAGAGACGGGGUUUCACUGUGUUAGCCAGGAUGGUCUUGAUCUACUGACCUCAUGAUCCACCCGCCUCGGCCUCCGGAAGUGCUGGGAUUACAGGCGUGAGCCACCGCGCCUGGCCUGCGGGUGGUGUUCUGACCUCGGCUCCACUGUGGCAGGCCGACUUGAGAUGCCAAGUACCUUGGGCCUGAGGAUUGAGGCCUAGAGAGAGGCAGGCGUUCCUCAGAGUCACAGGGAAUGGCGGUGCCUGGACUGGGACUCAGCCCAGCUGCUUGGCCUGACCCUCUCAGAGCAUAGCUUCCCGGCACCUGGCCGCACCUAGAAGCUGCCCAGUGCCCUGGCGUCUCCAUGGCCUGCCUGAGCCCCUCACAGCUCCAGAAGUUCCAACAGGAUGGAUUCCUGGUGCUGGAAGGAUUCUUGUCUGCAGAAGAGUGUGCGGCCAUGCAACAGAGGAUUGGUGAGAUAGUGGCUGAAAUGGAUGUUCCUCUCCACUGCCGCACAGAAUUCUCCACCCAGGAAGAGGAGCAGCUUCAAGCCCAGGGCAGCACAGACUAUUUCUUGAGCAGUGGUGACAAGAUUCGAUUCUUCUUUGAGAAAGGCGUUUUUGACGAGAAAGGAAAUUUCCUGGUCCCUCCGGAGAAAUCCGUCAACAAAAUUGGCCACGCUCUGCACGCCCACGACCCUGUCUUCAAGAGCAUCACGCACUCCCCCAAGGUGCAGACCUUGGCCAGAAGUCUGGGCCUCCAGAUGCCCGUGGUGGUGCAGAGCAUGUACAUCUUUAAGCAACCUCACUUUGGCGGUGAAGUCUCCCCUCAUCAGGACGCCUCCUUCCUGUACACGGAGCCCCUGGGCCGGGUGCUGGGCGUAUGGAUCGCAGUGGAGGACGCCACGCUGGAGAACGGCUGUCUCUGGUUCAUCCCUGGCUCCCACACCAGUGGCGUGUCAAGAAGGAUGGUCCGGGCCCCUGUUGGCUCAGUGCCUGGCACCAGCUUCCUCGGGUCAGAGCCAGCCCGGGAUAACAGCCUCUUUGUGCCCACCCCAGUGCAGAGAGGGGCCCUGGUCCUCAUCCAUGGAGAAGUGGUGCACAAGAGCAAGCAGAACCUCUCCGAUCACUCGCGCCAGGCCUACACUUUCCACCUCAUGGAGGCCUCUGGUACCACCUGGAGCCCAGAGAACUGGCUCCAGCCAACAGCUGAACUGCCCUUUCCCCCACUGUACACCUAAAGGCUUUCACAGGGCAGGAGCCCUGGCCCCUCCCGGGUGAAGCUGUGGGCUGCAGACACCAGCGUCUUGCUCAGCCUCUUGGUUGCAACAGGGAGGUCUUGUCUCCCCUCCUGGGCUUUCCUCCUGCCCUGUGGGCAGCAGCCUGGGCUGGGUCAGGAGCUUCCCUAAGAUCUUCAUCUGUCUGCCUCCCUACUGCCCCAACAUAGCCUUGAGGAGGCUUCUCAGCCAUUAAAGGGUUCUGGCCCCUUCUCACUUUCCUCUCCUCUCAGAUGGAACUCUGGUUAUUAUGGUGUUAGUUACUGAAUAAAAAUGACUUCAGAAUGCA